GGAAGAAAUUCAGAAAAUAAAAUAAACCCACCACAUGGACAGCAAUUUGAAGAUGGCUCCUUUGUUUCCAUCUCCUCUAGAGCGCCCCGUUGAUUCAGCUCUCCUCCUCCUCUCCACCACACCUCUUUCUCUAUCUCCUCUCAAGUUGAAUUCCGGUGCCGAGGCGUCAAAGGACAGAAAGAACAGUGAAGAGAGCUUGAGCAUGGCUUCAAUUGGAUCGAAAUCAUCCUCUUCGUAUCUCACCAGUGAUAUUCCCUCUAAGGAGGUUCGACCGCAUAAGCUGAGCUUUGUCGCCGUUGAAACUAGCUGCCAUGAACUCAUGAAACUCAAGGUCGUGGCAUUUUCUGCAUGUGAUGAUCUUAAAACAGGAGGCAAAUCCCAGGGAUCCAUGUCCACAAGGGCAUCGUGCUUUUCGAGCAGCUCCAGCGCUAUCUCAAGCGCACAAAGCAAAUACUUCGCUGGGGUUGAGAAAAAACCGACAGCAAAUCUUGAGAAAUUAAGGAAGAAGCGAGGCAUCUCAAGUCAAAUGCGCAGCCGAGAUGAAGGGAUUCUAAAGUUACUAUCCGGCGGUGGUAGGGACGGAAACGGAUCCCACGAAACAGGAUCCCUCCCAUUCCCAUUAAUGGGAUUUUCACGAAGAUUUUAGAUAAGGGGUAAAAAAAUGUCUCCUGUUCCUAUACUCACACAGGUAUAUGAAUUUUCUAUUAAAUAUUAAAUAUGUAA